AUGAACGCCUGCAGCGCGGCGGCGGCGAGGCUGCUGCUGUCGGGGCCCUUUCUCCUGGCCCUGGCCUCCGGCUACAACCUGGACGUGCGGCAGGUGCAGAACUUGUCCUUCCCUGACGCCGGCCGGCACUUUGGGUACCGCGUCCUGCAGGUCGGAAACGGGGUGGUCGUGGGCGCUCCGGGCGAGGGGAGCAGCCCGGGAGGCCUCUACCAGUGCCAGCCGGACACCGGGCACUGCCUGCCGCUGGGCGUGAGCGGUUCCAACGACACCUCUCAGUACUUGGGGAUGACCCUGGCGACAGACCCCACGAAUGGAAACCUUUUGGCCUGUGACCCCGGGCUGUCUCGGACCUGUGACCAGAACAUCUAUCUAAGCGGCCAGUGUUACCUCUUCCACCAGGACCUGCAGGGCCCGGUGCUGCGAGGGCGCCCAGGCUACCAGGAAUGUCUCAAGGGCAACGUGGACCUGGUGUUCCUGUUUGACGGCUCGGCGAGCCUGGGAGAAGACGAAUUUCAGAAGAUCCUGUCCUUCAUGAAGGAUGUGAUGAAGAAACUCAGCAACUCGUCCUACCAGUUUGCUGCUGUUCAGUUUUCCACAAACUUCAAAACAGAAUUCAAUUUCUCGGAUUAUGUGAAUCUGAAGAACCCUGACGUCCUCCUGAGCAAAGUAGCUCAUAUGAAACAGCUGACCAACACCUUUGGCGCCAUCAACUAUGUCGCGACCAAGGUCUUCCGGACGGAACUUGGGGCGCGGCCAGAUGCCAGCAAAGUGCUCAUCAUUAUCACUGACGGGGAAGCCUCUGACAUCGGCGACAUCAGCGUGGCCGAUGACAUCACCCGCUACAUCAUCGGGAUCGGAAAGCAAUUUCAGAACAAGAAAAGUCAGGAGACACUAAACAAAUUUGCUUCAAAACCCGUGAAAGAGUUUGUAAAGAUUCUGGACACAUUUGAGAAGCUUCAAGAUCUGUUCACUGAUCUGCAGAAGAAGAUCUAUGACAUUGAGGGCACCAACAAACUGGACCUGACGUCCUUCAACCUGGAGCUGUCCUCCAGCGGGGUCAGCGCUGCCCUCCUCGGGGACCACGGUGUGGUGGGGGCAGUCGGCGCCAAUGACUGGGCUGGGGGCUUCCUGGACCUGGAGGCAGACCUGCAGGGCGACACUUUUGUUGGGAACGACCCCCCCAUCCUGGAGGCGAGAGCGGGGUACCUGGGCUACACAGUGACCUGGCUGCCCUCCCGAGGGCCCACCGCCCUGCUGGCCGCUGGGGCCCCCCGAUAUCAGCACGUGGGGCGGGUGCUGCUCUUCCAACAGUCGGGGGACAAAAGACAAUGGAGCCAGAUCCAGAGACUAGACGGGGUCCAGGUCGGCUCUUAUUUCGGCGGCGAGCUGUGUGGCGUUGACACGGACCGGGACGGGGAGGCAGAGCUGCUGCUGGUCGGAGCGCCCCUGUUCUACGGGGCACAGAGGGGCGGCCGCGUGUUCGUCUACGAGAGGAAGCAGCGGGGGUUCGAAGCGGCCUCAGAGCUGCAGGGGGACCCUGGCUACCCCCUGGGGCGCUUCGGAGCAGCCAUCGCGGCGCUGGCGGACAUCAACGGCGACGGGCUUGUGGACGUGGCAGUGGGCGCCCCUCUGGAGGAGCGGGGGGCUGUGUACCUCUUCAACGGGCAGCCUGGCGGGCUGAGCCCCCAGCCAAGCCAGCGGAUAGAAGGGGCCCAGGUGCUCCCAGGAAUUCGAUGGUUCGGACGCUCCAUCCACGGGAUGAAGGACCUUGGAGGGGACGGCCUGGCAGACGUGGCUGUGGGCGCCGAGGGGCAGGUGAUCGUGCUGAGCUCCCGGCCCGUGGUGGACGUGGUCACCCGGAUGUCCUUCUACCCCGCCGAGAUCCCCGUGCAUGAAGUGGAGUGCUCCCACUCCAGCAGCGGCAAGAGGAAGGAAGGCAUUAACAUCUCUGCCUGCUUCCAGGGCAAACUCCUCACGCCCCAGUUCCAAGGACCGCUGGUCAUCAGCCUCACCUACACUCUGCAGCUGGACGGCCAUCGGUUGUGGAGCCGGGGCCUGUUCCCGGGAGGUAGGCGUGAGCUCCAUGGGAACAUAGCUGUGACCAGCGACGAGUCCUGCAUUGCCGUCUGGUUCCAUUUCCCGGUAUGCAUUCAGGACCUCAUCUCGCCCAUCAAUGUCUCCCUGAACUUCUCUCUCUGGGAGGAAGAAGGGACUCCGAGAGACCAGAGGAUGGGCAAGGACAUCCGGCCCAUCCUGAGACCCGCGCCCCACUCGGAGACCAAGGAGAUCCCUUUCGAGAAGAACUGUGGCGAGGACAAGAAAUGCGAGGCCAACCUGCAGCUGUCCUUCUCCCCCGCGAGAUCCAAGGCCCUGCGGCUGACCCCCUCGGCCAGCCUCGCCGUGGAGCUGACUCUGAGUAACUCGGGCGAAGACGCCUACUGGGUCCAGCUCCGCCUGGCUUUCCCCUGGGGACUGUCCUUCAGGAAAGUGGAGGUGCUCAAGCCCCACAGCCAGCUGCCUCUGAGCUGCCAGGAGCUGCCGGAGGAGGAGCCCUGGCUUCCCACCAGAGGCCUCUCCUGCAACGUGAGCUCUCCCAUCUUUAAGGCCGGCAGCUCGGUUGAUAUCCAGGUGAUGUUUCACACGCUGCUGAACAGCUCCUGGGGAGACACUGUCACGCUGCACGCCAAUGUGAGCUGUGACAAUGAGCAGCCGGACCUCCUGGAGGACAACUCAGCCACCACCAGCGUCCCAGUCCUGUUCCCCAUCAACAUCCUCACGGAGGACCAGGAAAGCUCCACACGCUACAUAAUCUUCACCCCCAAGGGGACCAAGACCCACCAGGUCAAACACGUCUACAAGGUGAAGAUCCAGCCGUUUGUCCAUGACCCCCACGUGCCCGCCCUGGAGGCCUUGAUCGGGGUGCCAGGGCCUCCGAGCGAAGGGCCCAUCAAACACACGUGGGCCGUGCAGAUGGAGCCUCCUGUCGCCUGUCACAGUGAGAGCCUGGAAAGGCCAGCCAACGUGGCUGAGCAGCCUUGCCUGCCUGGAGCCCAGUUCCGCUGCCCAGUGGCCUUCCAGAGAGAGAUCCUCGUCCGAGUGACCGGGACUGUGGAGCUGGUGGGGGAGAUCAAGGCCUCCUCCAUGAUCAGCCUCUGCAGCUCCCUCUCCGUCUCCUUCAACAGCAGCAGGCACUUCCACCUCUACAGCAGCAACGCCUCCCUGGCCCAGGUCAUCCUGAAGGUGGAUGUCGUGUACGAGAAGGACAUGCUCUAUCUCUACGUGCUGAGCGGCGCCGGCGGGCUGCUGCUGCUGCUGCUGAUUUUCCUGGCGCUCUACAAGGUCGGCUUUUUCAAGCGGAACCUGAAGGAGAAGAUGGAGGCCACCGCCGAUGCCGCCAACGGGGUCCCUGGAGAAGGCCCUGGGCAGCUGGCGUCUGAGGAAGAGGCCACGGACCCGAGCUGCGUGGAUCUCCUCCCCAAGGAGACGGCCCUGGACGGAGGCGGCACAGACUGA